AUGAGCUCGUCGGCUUCGAGGAGCGGAGAGCUCGGGCGGACGUGCGGAGCGGACGCCCCUCCCCCGAGGCCGGCCCCCGCCCCGUCCACGGCCGCGGCGAAGGCGCGGAGCGGGGAGCUGCUGCUGCCGCCCAUGGGCGGCGCCGACGCCGCGGCGGUGCGGCACGAGGGGUGGAUGGUGCGGUACGGGCGGCGGAAGAUCGGGAGGUCCUUCUUCCACACCCGCUACUUCGUGCUCGACAACAAGCUCCUCGCCUACUACAAGAAGCAGCCCAAGGACAACAACAUGGUGCCACUUAAGUCUCUUCACGUAGAUGGGAACUGCAGAGUGGAGGAUAGAGGGCUUAAAACACAUCAUGGACAAAUGGUUUACGUUCUCUGUGUUUACAACAAGAAAGAAAAGGACAAUCCAAUCACGAUGGGUGCACGUAAUAUCGAGGAGGCCCUAGUGUGGAAAAAGAAGAUAGAGCUCCUUAUCAAUCAGCAACAGGACACUAUGACAGCUAAAAACCGUAAAGCUUUUGCGUCACUGGACUUUGACAUGGAUCUUGGAGGACCGCUUUCAUUCUCUGACCCUGAUAGUGGACCUGAAGACGAAGAGGAACCCCGUCCCAUUCUGCUUCGUAGGACAACUAUAGGGAAGGGCCUUCCUGAUUCUGUACAUGACUGGACCAAAGAGCCUGAUAUUGGUCUGUCAAAUCAGAACGACACCAAUCAAGCUAAUUCUAGAAAGAACUGGCGGCUGCUUAGAUGCCAGAAUGGGUUGCGCAUCUUUGAAGAACCUGUGGAGGUCGAAUACCUUGCAAGAAGCUGUAGCCGAUCAAUGAGGGCUGUUGGUGUCGUGGAAGCCACAUGUGAAGCCAUUUUUGGGCUGAUAAUGAGUAUGGAUGUAACAAGAUAUGAGUGGGAUUGUAGCUUCCAGUAUGGGAGUUUAGUUGAAGAGGUUGAUGGUCACACUGCAAUACUAUAUCAUCGGCUACAGCUGAAUUGGUGUUCAAUCUGCAGGAUUGUCUGGCCACGAGAUCUUUGUUAUGUACGAUAUUGGCGGCGCAACGAUGAUGGAAGUUAUGUUGUGUUGUUUCGAUCUACUGAACACCCGAACUGUGGCUCCCAACCAGGAUUUGCGAGGGCUUCUAUUGAAAGUGGAGGUUUCAAGAUCACUCCUCUCAAACCCGUGAAUGGAAGACCUCGCACUCAAGUUCAACACCUUAUGCAAAUUGAUCUCAAAGGAUGGGGUGUGAAUUACGUCACAUCAUUCCAGUACCACUCUGUGCUGCAGAUGCUGAACUGCGUUGCUGGAUUGCGUGAAUACUUUUCCCAAAAUGAUGACGUUCACACAAUUCCGAGGAUUCCUGUGAUGAAUACUAUGGCUAGUGUGCCCACUUUUAGAAAGGAUCAGAAACAUCAAAAGGCUGACUCAAAGACCAAACAAGCAGACUCGGCUAACGAAAAUUCGGAUAUGAUAGAUGAUGAGUCAGAAGAUGAUGAUGACUUUCAAGCUCCCGAAUCUAGCUUGGAGGAAGAUGGCAAUGUUGACAGUGACGCAAAGGGCUCUGAUCCAAUAGAUUUGUCCAGCUUUUCGGGCAUUAUUCGUCAGGAUGCAAAUGAGAAAAGCCGUAACAGUUGGUCAGUACCUGAUAGCAAUAUCUUCAAAGUCCGUAGCAAGAACUUUUCACAUGACAAAUCAAAGGUAUCUGCAGGCAAGUACCUUAUGGAGCUUGUUGCAGCUGACUGGUUUAAGGAUACCAAGCGUAUGGAUCAUGUCGCCAAGCGUAAAGGAUGUGCUGCUCAGGUUGCUGCUGAGAAGGGGAUGUUCAGCUUUGUAGUAAACAUACAAAUUCCCGGGUCAACUCAUCACAGUUUGAUCCUCUACUUCGUCACAAAAUCCUUGAAAAAAGGAUCGCUGUUGCAGCGUUUUGCCGAUGGCGACGAUGAUUUCCGGAACAGCAGACUGAAGCUUAUCCCAUCUGUUCCAAAGGGAUCUUGGAUAGUGCGACAAAGCGUUGGAAGUACCCCUUGCUUAUUGGGAAAGGCCGUUGAUUGCAGCUACAUGCGUGGCCCGGAGUACAUUGAAGUUGAUGUAGACAUUGGAUCCUCAGCAGUAGCCAAUGGUGUUCUGGGAUUGGUCUUUGGUGUAGUUACCAGCUUGGUAGUCGAUAUGGCUUUCCUCAUACAGGCAAACACAUACGAUGAGCUCCCGGAGCAACUCAUAGGCGCCGCACGGUUCUCGCACAUCGAACCCUCCGCUGCCGUAGUUCCCGUGCUCGAUGACACUUCCUCAGCUGUGAAGUGA